AUGAACGAACGGUCCCUCAGAAGGAGUGCGUAUGACACUCGACAUGCGAAAGAAUUCCAACGGAUGUACAAGGCCUGUGAGUCGUGCCGAAAGAAGAAGAUCCGCUGUGUCCUGGACGACUCUAGAGACCCUCCCGGGCCCCCCUGCAUCCGAUGUAGCAGGGAGUUGAGGGAGUGCAUUUUCAGCUCCGAGAGGUCUACCAGAAAACGAGGCAUUAGGGAGAAGGAGAAAGCCUCGCCACGGAAUGUAGCAACACAAGAUGAUGGACCAACUGUGGACUCUGCAACCUACCUAGGUAGUGCAGAAGACCCCGUCGCAACCAUAGUCGUCACCCAGCAGCAGCAGCAGCAGCAGCAACCGACUCCCUCGCUCGAAAGCAUGUCGUUAGGGCUUUGCAACAACACGGCAGUUCAGGCAGUUUCGCAACCACCCGCCACAAUUAAUGCGUCGGCGUCCGCACCAAGUCCCCAAGAUGACAAUGGGCUGGCUGAUACCGUAAUGAGGACAAUCGUCUCGAGUGACAAUGAUGCACUAAGGCUUCUUUUCCGAGCAGCAGAACAGCGAGAUGCCGAGAGCCCACGAUAUCAGACUUCAGUUUCUCAUGCCUCCCAAGUCGGAGGCGACUUUCCCACACCCGGGAGACCCUCCAUAACGGCAGUGGAGCCGGUGCAGCUGUCACAAGCGCUGCCGUCGGUGCUAGAAGUGUGGGAUGCACUACGCUUCACGAGGAUGGGGUGGUUCACGGCGGAAGAAGCCGUGACAUAUGUAGACCUGUUCUUCAAAAACCUCGCCCCUCUCUCACCCGUAUGUCAGGCCUUCGACUCCAGCCACGAUCACCACUUCUGGCUCGUAACGCAGGAGCCGCUCCUCUGUUGCACUAUCCUGAUGAUCUCGUCUCGUUACCACACGCUACCGGGGACCGGAGGGGUCUCGCGCGGCACUCUGAUUCACCAGCGGUUGUGGGAACAUUGCCAACACCUAAUCAUGAGAAUCAUAUUCGGGCAGGAGAAGCGAUCUAAGGCGAGGACACGCACGGUGGGUGCUAUCGAGGCGCUACUCUUGAUGAUCGAGUGGCAUCCCAAGGCUAUCCACUUCCCCCCUCCUUCUGAUGGCUGGGACGCCGAUAUUAUGCUAAGCGCGAGCGACCGCCGCGAUCACCCGCUCGGUAAUCGCCCCGAAACAGAUCAUGCCGGGGAGCGCUGGAUAGGCGAUGUGGUCACUCCCACAAAGAUGUCGGAUCGCAUGUCGUGGAUGUUGCUGGGAUGCGCGCAAACUCUAGCGCAUGAAUUGGGAGUAUGCGACGCUAGCGCUAGCGGCAACGGCAACGGAAAUGGUGACAAGUCUGACAUUCAGAUGGCGCGUAGGUCUCGGAUCCGCAAGUUGUUGCUCACCCUGGGGGAGCAACUGUCGAUCCGACUAGGAUGCUCGUCCUUGGUGCCGUUAAGCUUGAGCCGGUUCCCGGCCAUGCCGUCCGACAGCGACCACGAAUCGGCUUUCAUGGGCGCCUGGAUGGAGAUCACCCGUCUGCUACGCACUAUAUCGGAUGCGCUCUUAUCAUCACAGUCGGGCACCCGGCAGAUGCUCAUCAGCUGCAAGUAUGUGAAUGUCAUCAAGCAUUUCCAACAGCAGCUCCUCAACUGGAAGGCAGCGCAUUUGCAGGAGCUAAGGCUUAAGCCGAACUUGUACCAGGAGCUCUCCAUCGAAUAUAACCAUGUCCGGAUAUUCAUGAACAGCCUGGGCAUGCAGGCGGUGGUGGACCGCGUACUCGAAGAAAGCGGCAGGGGCUCCAGAAUCGACCAAACCAGCGGCCGAAUACGGGCAUCCCUGACAGCCACAGACUACCAGUUCAUUUGGGAAGUAAUCGACGGGAGUUGCCAGAUCCUGCAGAGCGCGAUCAAGCUCGCCGAGACGGGCAACUUACGCUUCUGCCCCGUGAGGGUAUUUAUCCGGAUCAUCGGCGCGUCCAUCUUCCUCCUCAAAGCCCUAGGACUGGGCUCCCACACCUCCAGCCUCCAAGCGUCCCUGGCAAUACUGGAUCAAAGCAUCCUGGCGCUGUACUGGAGCAGCCUGGACGACAUGCAUCUCGCCUCCCGGUACGCGGCGUUGCUCGAGCUGCACGUCGCACGCUUCCGCGAGCGCUUGAUCCCUUCAUCAGCGCCGCCCGGAAUCCCGGCUCCGGAUUUCAACUUCGAGUGGGCUGGCUGCAAUGGCCUGACUCCGGGGAUCAACGACAGCACGCGUCUCUUUUCGGAUUUUCAGUCAAUUGAGGACGAUUGGCUGUCACUACCAUUUGAUCCGUCGAUGGCGCCAUUUGGAUUGGGGGAAUCGUAUGAAAUGCCCGAGAUUGAGGAUAACACUUGGGAUUUCCUGUGGCAUCUACCGGCAGUGUAG